CUUUAAAAAAAACAAUAAACAAUUAGAUUUAUAGUUAGUAAUUAGUAGUAUUAAUAGUGAUUAGAGAAUUACACGUCAUAAUUACAAUUCUACCAAAAAAGAGAAUAUAAUAAUUAGCAAUGAAAGCUCUUAUUCAACGUGUACUAAAUGCCAACGUUACAGUUAAUGGUGAGCUAGUUAGUAAUAUUGGACAGGGAUUAUGCAUCUUUAUAGGUAUUUCAAAUACUGAUACUGCUAAGGAUAUGGAGUUUAUGGCCCGUAAAUUACUUUCUUUAAAAUUGUUUAAUGAUGAAACAGACAAAAGAUGGAAAAGAAAUGUUGUAGAUGCAGGUUUAGAAUUGUUAUGUGUUAGCCAAUUUACCUUAUAUCAUACAUGGAAGGGAAAUAAGCCAGACUUCCACCUUGCAAUGCCAGGAGAAAGAUCAAAAGAGUUUUAUGAACAGUUUUUAGAAUUGUUAAGAAAUCAAUAUAAACCAGAAAAGGUUAAAGAUGGCGUUUUCGGAGCGUAUAUGCAAGUAUCGAUUCAAAAUGAUGGCCCUGUUACUUUAGAAAUUGAAUCACCUCCCAUCCAUGAAAAGUCUAAGACAAAGGACAAACCUAAACAAGCUAUAAGUGAAAUAGAAAAUGAUGAAAGAUAGUUUAUAGAAGUUAUAUAGUUCGUUAUUGUUCAUAAAAUAUAUGAAUAAUAUAUACUUUAUUACUUUAAUAAGAGUCUUUUCAGAUCGAGGCCAUACACAAAACAUUGCAACCUUUAAGUAUUAUUUUCUUGGAUUAAAGACGGUACAACAUCCGGAUGUGCUAUUCCUAUUGUUAAGAGUAGAGGCAUUAAGCCUUAACUGAAAAAGAUGCCAGCUGCUUACUGAUACCUCACACCAUUGAAUCACAAAAAAAUCAGACAAGCCUCCUAUCCAUUUACCUCUAUAAAAUGCCCGACUAAUUAUGUCACGAAUGAAAAUCUUUUAUUACCGUAGUACAGUUCAGUGAGAUCUGAUGUUGCGUAGACUCUGUAGAUCAAAUGAAACCAUCGUAAUUAUUA